CUGUUAGUGUUAUGGUCCUGUCAGGACGCCGGCGUCGUGGGGUUUGGGCACUCGCCACGGGCACGGCCCGGGUCGGGGUUUGGCCCCAGCUCUUCUCGAGCCCGUUGACAUCUUCCUGCUCGCUUUCCCCGCCCGCCUCGACCGCAGCUCGAGAGUCGAGAAGCCGCUGCCGUUUGCGUGGCGGGGACUGGACGAAUUGAAGUGUCUGAAGGUCGGCGCCGCCGCCGCCUCCGCCUCAAAGCCUGGGCCCAGCCACCGCCGCCGCCGCCGCCGCGGUCGCCACCUCCGCGGGGCGAGGAGAUGCAGCCGCAGCCGGGGCCGCCCCAGCUGUAUUCUCCCACUAAUGGAGACUUUACCUUCGUUUCCUCCGCAGACGCUGAAGAUCUCAGUGGUUCAAUAGCAGCCCCAGAAGUCAAACUAAACCUUGGUGGAGACUUUAUCAAAGAAUCUACAGCAACUACAUUUCUGAGACAGAGAGGUUAUGGCUGGCUCUUGGAAGUGGAAGAUGAUGACCCCGAAGAUAACAAGCCUCUCUUGGAGGAACUGGAUAUUGAUCUAAAGGAUAUUUACUACAAAAUUCGAUGUGUAUUGAUGCCAAUGCCAUCACUUGGUUUUAAUAGACAAGUGGUGAGGGACAAUCCUGAUUUUUGGGGACCUCUAGCAGUUGUCCUUUUCUUCUCAAUGAUUUCGUUAUAUGGACAAUUCAGGGUGGUUUCAUGGAUCAUAACUAUUUGGAUAUUUGGCUCCCUAACAAUUUUCUUAUUAGCCAGAGUACUUGGUGGAGAAGUUGCAUAUGGUCAAGUUCUUGGUGUCAUAGGAUAUUCGUUACUUCCCCUCAUUGUAAUAGCUCCUUUACUUUUGGUGGUUGGAUCAUUUGACGUUGUAUCAACACUAAUAAAACUGUUUGGUGUCUUUUGGGCUGCCUACAGUGCUGCUUCUCUUUUAGUUGGUGAAGAAUUCAAGACGAAGAAGCCUCUCCUGAUUUAUCCAAUUUUUUUAUUAUACAUUUAUUUCUUGUCCUUAUAUACUGGGGUGUGAUCUGAAAAAAAUCAUAUAUGGGUAGAAAGUUAAUACAUACGUGUGCAAGCUGGAGAUUCACAUGGAAUAGAUUGGAGAAAACAUGUAGAAGGUGGAGUCUCUUUUUGUUCCAGUUGUAAAGGCAGGUUUAAGAUUUAACAGCCUGCUUGUCUAUUCUAUUUAAGCAGUGUAGCUAUAUAGAUGUGUCAGAAUUCUAGAUUUUGUUUUAAAUUCUUCAUAUUUCAGUGAAUAAAAUAUAAAAGCAUUGUGUUUAUAAGAUUGUGUCACUAUAUACCUGUGC